AUGGCUUCCUCCAAGGAUCCCAUCAUCGUCGUCGGAGCAGGCGUCAUAGGUCUGUCGGUCGCGACGCUGCUUCAAUCCUGCUACCGAGACGCACCCAUCACCAUCAUCGCCGCGGAAACACCAACCACCCCGUCUCCGUCGGCGGAUUAUGCGUCAAUGUGGGCAGGAGCACACUAUCGCCCUGUCCCAGGUUCGACGCCACAGCUGAAGCAAGAAGCGCAGAUGGCGUUGCGCACCGCGGAAAGGAUGGAACGGAUUGCAGACGAAAGUCCCGAAGCUGGUGUGGCCUUCUCUAUGGGCGUUGAGUACCUCGAAGACCCACCAAAAGAGGUGGCAGGCUUAAAGACUGGCGAUGUCUAUGCUUCGCCGAACGAUGGGUUCCGGGUCCUCGACCAGACCGAACUGCCUGCAGGCGCGAAAUGGGGCUGCGAAUACCGCGCCUAUUGCGUCAACGUCCAGCCGUAUUGCCGAUGGCUCCUAGACCGCUUUAUUUCGAAAGGCGGGCAGGUUAUUCUACACCGACUGUCGAGCGCGGCGGACGCCUUUGACUUUGCCCGGCAAAGAGGGCUCGGUAGGGUCAAGACGGUCGUCAAUUGUUCCGGCCGCAACUUCGACCAGGACCCAAAAGUGAAGAUCAUCCGAGGUCAGACUGUACUGGUAAAGCAGCAAUAUGACAAGACAGUGACACGGCAAAAUCGCGACGGAAGUUGGGCCUUCCUCAUCCCGCGCCCGCGUGGCGGAGGUACAAUCGUAGGCGGAACAAAAGAGAUAGGUGAUCCGGAGACACACCCCCGACCAGAAACACGACAGAAAUUGCUUCAGCAAGCUGUCGACGCAUACCCGGAUUUCGUGGACUCGGUCGAUAAAUUCAAGAUCUUGAAAGACAAUGUCGGACGGAGACCAUGGCGGGAAGGCGGCUUCCGCAUUGAGACCGAAUUCAUCUCUCCCGAAAGGAGAAUCGUCCAUGGUUACGGUGCUGGUGGACGCGGGUAUGAACUGAGCUGGGGCACGGCUGAGAGAGUCGUAGAGCUCGUCAACGCAUCUCCAGCAGCCAAACCCCGGUUAUAG